UUUAUUUCGUAUGUCUCCCAGUCUACUAAACUUCGUCAGCUCCAGAUACAGGCAUGAGGUCAAGUUUACGCCAUACGUGCGUCCACCAAUUAUGGACCAUGAUCGUAAGAACAUGAUGCUGAAACGACCGAUGUCGCCACAUUUGACAGUGUACGCGCCGACCAUACCAGCUAUGACUUCGAUAGCCCAAAGAGCUACAGGUGCCGUCCUAACAUUUUACGCAUUCAGUUUGGCUAUCGGCUCUCUGUUCUUAUCGAAUGGUGUAGAAACUUACGUGUCUAUGAUCCAAAGCCUUAACCUUGGCUACUUCAGUAUCCUCAUUGUCAAACUGAUUCUUGGUUUUCCUUUCGCCUACCAUUACUUCAAUGCUAUGCGCUACAUUAUAUGGAACACAGGGAGAAUGUUGGACAUAAAGAUAGUUUACCAAACCGCCAAGCAGGCUGCCUUAGCUGCUGUAGUACUAACAGUAUUAUUUGCAUUAAUAUAA